CGUCACACUAGCAGGGCAGUGUGGACUUCAGUCAGGCGAUAGGCAGCGUUCAGAAACCGCAGCUGUGGCUUUCACUUGAGUGGCUCGACAUAUUUACAACAGAAAUGACACAUUCGUGCUGAGGAGGAGCUAUGAAACUAACAAGCAUGUUUGAAAGCUCAAGUGAAACUCCCGUUGUGAAGUGUUCGCAAGAUGGUGAAAAGUCGGAUCAGUCUGGUGCGUUGCUCGCACCUGAUUCUGCGGACUCUUUCGAUUUGUCGCCAAGUAAACCAAAGAUAAAAGACGUUCAGUCGGCACCAGUUUCGGAUUUAUUAAACGGAGACAGCGAUGUAAAAGCUGAUUUAAAGAAAACGUUAGAACCAUUGUCGCUAAAUAAUGGUGAUGGUGCUUCGUCAGAUGAUUUGGAAAGAAUUUCAUGCAGAACACCAGUCGGCGAUAACGAUUCGUCGAGCGAAAAAGAAAAUUACGUGUUUGAUGACGGGGGUUCCGAAGCAAGUUUGAAACUUCGCAUUACUGAGAGUGAAGACGAAGGCGAGAUGUCUCCGAGAGCUACUAGCCCAUUUGAAGACAUGGAUCACGACACCAGCGAACAAAUAUUGCCUGAGACUGAAGAUCGUGAUGGCAUUAACGGCGUGCCUGAAGACAUUGAACAAAACUAUGACAAUGAAGAGCAGGGGAACGAAGCUACAGAAGCAGACGACGCGAGCCCGGUAGUUAAAGAUGAAGACAGUGAAAUACCAGGGAAGCUGCUCAGAAGUGACGAAGAAUGUGGAUCAGAUACAACUUGUAUGCAGGAGAAGGACUGUAACAACACACAUGCUGAAUCUCCUGGUAGUGAUGACUGUUAUUCAACAGAACUUGAGCCAGAAAGAUCUGAGCUGUGCUGUGAUGUUGCAAGUGAAACUGAUACUGUGAAAUGUUCUUGUGAUGGUGUGUGUUCUAGUACUUGUUCUACUUCUGUUUCAAAACAGGAAAUUGGUAGUAAACUGAAACCUCAUACUGAGUCAGAUAUUUCAUUGGAGUUAGACAAAUUUACUACAGAACAUUCAGUUACUCAUAGUGGAGAACAAAGUGGUAAUUUAAGUACCUCAGAUAGUCAUAUAAGUGAGAGAGAGAAUAGCAGUAAUAGUGAGACUGGUUUUCCAGAGGAUUGCUCAACCAAUAACGUUUUGCCAGUGAGUGAGCCGAAAGUUUCUGAAAGUGAGGAGGCCUCUGAUAUAACACAGAAUUCUUCUGUAGGUAAAGAAAAUACUUCUGAGGAAUCAGUAACAGAUCUGAAAACUGCAGGGGACGUGGCUGUUACAAACACAGAGGAGGAUGCGCCAUCUUCUAUUGCAAAAAUAGUUUGUCCUGUAAUUGGGGAAAAUGCCAAGUCAGUUACAGACGUAUUAGUUGUUAGAACAAGUGCUGAGAGUGAUUUUUUCAGUAGAGUUGGUAGUAAUGGUGAGGAUGAAGAUUUAACUUCUAAAGAUAAAGACUGCAGAUCGUAUGGGGUAGAGCCUGUUGAUAAUACAAGGACAUUGGAAGCAUUUUCAGUAAAAAGUGAAGACAUAAAUGAGUUAAGCACUGCAGAUGAAGAUAUUAAUUACAGGGAAAAUGUGUCUUCUGUUAACAACCAUGAUAUGAAGCCUGAUAGUGAUGUUAAUGUAAGUGAGGUUUGUGUGAAAAAUGAAAGGGAAGGGUGUGUUGAUAUGAAAGAGAGUGAGACAAUAUUACCUAUGACAGAAAGCAACUUAGGUGCCUCUCAAAACUCCAUUAGUAUAAUGGAAUCUUUCUCUGUCACUGUUCCUGAGCAACAAAGUGAUGAUAUGAAAGACAGUGAGACAGUAUUACCCCUGGCAGAAAGCGAAUCAGCCUCAUCUCAAAACUCGAUUACUAUAACAAAGUCUGUCACUUUUCCAGGGGAAGAGAACAAUGAUAUUAAAGAGAGUGAGACAGUUUUACCUUUGGCAGAAAGCGAAUUAGCUGCUUCUCAAAACUCGGUUACUACAAAUAACGCUGUUGAUGUUUCUGAGGAAGGGAGUGAUGAUACAAAAGACAUUGAUACAGUAUUACCCUUAGCAGAAAGCAAAUUAGCUGCCUCUCAAAACUUGGUUGCUAUAACAAACAGUACCACUGUUCUUGAGAAAGGGAGUGAUGAUCCAAAAGACAGUGAGGCAGUGUUACCCUUGGCAGAAAGUAAAUUAGCUUUCUCUCAAAACUCUGACACUGUUCCCAAGGAAGGGAACGAUGACACGAAAGAACGUGAGAUGGUAUUACCCUUGGCAGAAAGCAAAUCAGCUGCCCCUCAAAACUCUAUUGCUAUAACAAACUCUGUCUCUGUUCUUGAUGGUUCUGCUUCCUCUUGUACUGAUGUUUCUCAAGAGAAUUCAGAACUGAUGUCGAAUUGCUUAGAAGCUGUUAGUAAAAAUGUAUUGGAAGAUAAACAAGCAGAUGGGGAGAUGCUCAGUGCAAUUUCUGAAAGUAAUAGUGAUAAAAAAACUAGUGACAUACAUGUCAGUGGGAAGGAAGUGGUUUGUAAUGGUACAGUGGAUAACAGGAUAGGAGAUGUAAUUGAGAGAGAGGGGUUGCGAGCACAGGAAAGUUGUUCUUCUGAAUGUGAUAAGAUGGCAGAUAAUAAUGAGAAUGUGCUGACGAUAAAUCAAACCGUUGAGCUAGGUGCUGGAGAGAGUGAACUGGAGAUGAAAGAGAGCAAGUCGUCUGUUCUUGUUGAUGAUGUAAAUGUUAACACGAGUGAAACAAAUGAAGUGGUAGAUGAUGAGUUGAAAGUUGAAGGAUCUGUGGAGGAAGAGAAAUAUGUGGAUUCUAAAAGUGAACUAGUCGGUGUUACGAAUAAAGUGUUGGACCUGGAAAAUAAAACUACAGAUGAAGUGAAAGGCUGUGAGACAUCAAGAGCAACCGAAGCUGAAGUGGAAAGCCAUGUCCGAUUACCAGAAACUGAUGUAGCAGGUAACAACACACAAAAAAUAACAGACUCUGAGCUAGAUAGUAGUAUCACAGAAAGGACCUCCGAUGACACUAUUGUUACAUCAGGUACUUGUGAAGAUGAAGAACCGCUGACGUUGUCAGAUGUUGCUAAUGCUUUAAAAGAUGCUGUUGAUACAGUUACUUUGCAAGAUGGGGAGAGUGUCCCUUUCACUGGUUGUGAGGCUUCAGUACCACCACUCCCAUCGGAAGUGCAUAACUUGCCACCAUCUGAUAUGCUGAGUUCUGACAACACAUCUGCCUUAGUUCAUGUGGCAGACCAAGAAGUGCAGCCUGAGAAUGUUCAGGAAGCUCCAGGCAUAGCAGAAGCUGUGAGACGCAGACGGAAGCGUUCAAUUGAAGAUGUGGUGCCAGAUAGAAUAUCAAAACGUACACGUGGAGCUUCAUUGGCCAGCAGUUCUGGAGCUAACAGCCCUGAAAAACUAACCCAAACAAGUGCUGAAUCUGCAAAGAGACCUGUCUUAGAUUCAUCUACAGAAGAGGAUGCAAAAAGAGUGCGGUUGAAUGAAGAUUACAAUAAAGUUGUGAAAAAAAUUGAACGAACGGUAGUUGCAAAUGGUGUGGUCACUGGAGAGAUAGGAAAUCGCCGAAUAUUUUUGGAGAAAAUUAGAGCCAAAGACCUAAAGAAUUUAACUGUAGCUGAACUGGAGGAAUUUUUUGUGGAAAAAAUCUGUGAAGCUCUAGCCUAUCGUCACGAAAUAGGCUUACUGCGUCAGAAGCAGCAAGCUGUUGAAAAUCAAAUGGAGCUAUGGCGAAAGAAGAGUUUAGCAAUGUGUAAGCAGGUUAGAGACAUGGAGCUGGUAAUGAAAAGGUACCAGAAUGAUAUGAAGACACGGAAAGAUCGACCUGUGAUUCCUGUGAAGGUGACUAGAUCAGUAGGACUCCAAGUACAUGAUGUAGCGUCUGACCCUUCAAGGGCCCUCCUCCACAAAAGAAAAAGAAUGGAACAGCAAGUUUCGUCAGUGAAUACGGUGCAGAGGCAAAGCCCUCAGUCUCCUAUUGCAUCGAAUAUUUCUACUGUGCCCACAACACAGAGUGCUUCAGUUUCUACACGUGGAACUACGUCAUCACCUCAGUACUCUAGAACAGCAACAAGUACGAACAAUCAGACAAAUGUGCCAGUGGCAGGCACUCGUGUACCACCGAAACCAAAUAGUGGCUUAAAAACUUUGAUGCCUAGGCAGCAGUCAGUCAGUGUAAACACCAAUACAUCUACCACUAGCCCAUCCUCAGCAAACAAUUCACGUGUCCAACAAAUGACACGUUCAAAGGUUGCGAGCACUGCAGGUAACAGUCCUGUUGGGACUGUCAACAAAAGUUCACGUCAAGUAAUAGAUUUAACUGAUGACGGAGAUCGCGGGCGUUCAGCACAACCAAGGACAACAGCUGUAAUGACCUCUGUCAAUACAAAUACAGCCCCAGCCAAUAACUCUGUCGGUGCGGCCACAACCAUGACUCCCACAAGCUCCAUCAGAAUACUUCCACAACCGGUGACUGCAACUGCUGUAGCUGCUGGUGCAAACAUAUUGGCUACGGGCGUUACAACCAACAGCAAUGUGCCUAGAUUAACAUACCUUGUACCAGCUACAAAUCAGCUGCAGCAGCGACCUGUUCUAUUGGCAAGCUCCCCGUCACAGGUUGUUCCAAAUGCUGUAGUAACUGUGACCAAUGGACAAAAAAAUCCAGCACCUGCUGUUUAUGUUAAAAAUGGAGCAGUUGUUUCUGUGUCACCACUUGUGGGGUCUGGAACAGUGGGCCAGCAGGUUCCAACAUCGACACGUCCUGCGGGUUUGCAGCCAUCAGUAGCCCAAGGUUCACCGAGCAGGCCACAAAUUCGUCCUGCACAGGGGUUAACAGCUUCUCCUCAGUCGCGGUCUUUGCCUCAACAUGCUCAGCACCCUGCACCUCUUCCUGUGGCACCAAACUUGAAUCUAAAUAAUCCAGACUUAAAGAAGAUGCCACCAAGACCCGAAUUAAAAAUAUCAAAACAGAGCAGGCACCAAGGUAUUGUUCUGUCGUGGAAUAUGCCUGUGACAAAUGAAUAUGCAGCCAUUGCCAGCUACCAGCUGUAUGCGUAUCAGGAGAGUUCAUCACCUCCAAGUACAGCACAUUGGAAAAAAGUUGGAGAUGUCAAGGCUUUACCAUUGCCAAUGGCUUGCACGUUGACACAGUUUGUCGAAGGACACAAAUAUCACUUUGCUGUGAGAGCUGUUGACAUACAUUCUCGUGUGGGACCAUUCAGCUUACCAGGGAGUAUUGUACUGACUCGGAAGUAGAUACUGAUGCAUCGUCUCUUGCUGGAUGUUUUAUUGUAAAUAGUGCCGUGGUAUUUAUAUAGAAAUCUGUGAAUAGUUGAGGUAACUCUGAAUGCCAUACAGACAGUGUUUUGCUGCUGUACAAUGUAAAUAAAUUGCUUAGAACUUUUUUAUUACAUGUGUUUUUUGUGUAAUGAAAAUGUUUGUUGUAAAUACACGCAAAAAAGUGAAAGCAGAAAAACAGAAACAGGUGUAAAUAUUUAUGUACAGAAUCUUAUAAUGGAAAAUCUUUUUGGCAGCUGCAAAUUUGGACUACUUGAAUGUCAAUGGUUUGUGUUCCAGGAAUGGAAUGUAAGUUGCUUACCAUCAUUCAUAGGAGAAAAAAGAAUGUACACAAUAACUCCAAAACUUACUGCAGUUAGAUGGUGUCCCAAUAUGUAAACAAGAGUGUAAAAAAGUAAUCUCAGAUGUUAAAGUAUUUGCUCAAACACAUUGAUAAAUAGUGGUCCUCAAAACUUAGUACAUUUGUGAAGAUUACUCUUGUUUUUGUAAGGUCCAAUUAAUUUACUGUCUGUGUGUGUGUGUGUGUGUGUGUGUGUGUGUGUGUGUGUGUGUGUGUGUGUGAUGAUACACAAUUUGUCAUACAGUUGUAGUCUUCGAAAUUAAUUGUAAAUAGGCUAAAAGUGAACUUUAGCUGCAGAAACGACAUGUAUUCCUUCGUGAAAAAAUUAUGGAUGAAUGAAGAAAUAGCAUAAAAUUUCAUUCAUAUUUUGCAUUAACUGAAGCACUCCGCACUAGUCUUUGAAAUUUACUCACAUUUUGCCACCAUUUUAUUGGUGAAUUGCAGAAUCUGAAGCAAUGAUUGUUAUUGCAUUUGUUUAGUAUACCUGAGAUGUGUGUAUUAUACGUGCAAUGCUUAAGACAUAAAAUUUCUAGUGUAUUGAUAAAACAGUUAUUUUUUAUUUAUUUAUUUGGUCUUUUGGAGUGAACUUAACCCUGAAAGAAAAGGUUUGCUAUGUCAAUUUCUGUUGUUGUUAUUGUUGUUGGGUUU